AUGGCGGAUUUGGUAGGGCCUAGAUUGUACAGCUGUUGUAAUUGCCGAAACCAUGUUUCACUUCAUGAUGAUAUAAUUUCUAAGGCUUUUCAGGGAAGACAUGGCCGAGCUUUUCUGUUCUCCCACGCGAUGAAUGUUGUUGUUGGGGCAAAAGAAGACAGACAUCUGUUGACUGGACUGCAUACUGUUGCUGACAUCCAUUGCAGUGAUUGCCGUGAGGUGUUGGGGUGGAAAUAUGAACGAGCUUAUGAGGCAUCACAGAAGUACAAGGAAGGGAAGUUCAUAUUUGAGAAGUCAAAAAUUGUGAAGGAGGAUUGGUAG